AUGACAGAGGCGAUUAGAGGUAGCAGACAUUCAACCCCAUUGGAGAUGGAUACAGGAGAGAAUGGCAGACAUUCAAUUCCGAAGACACUGCAACUACACGGCUCAGAACAUCUAAGUAUGAUUCUCGUGAGCACGAUGCUCACAAAGAGCAAUUAUCUGACUUGGAGUUACGUGGUGAAAAGAGCUCUACGAGCUAAGAUGAAGUUAGGAUUUAUAGGUGGUACAUCUACAAAACCGUGUGUGACAGAUCCUCAUUUUGAGCAAUGGAUAGGGGUAGAUAGUAUGGUAACGACCUGGAUACUUAAUUGCAUCUCAAAAGAAAUUGUAGGAAGUUUUAUAUAUGCGAAAUCAGCUCGUACUCUGUGGUUGGAUUUAGAGGAGCGAUAUGGAGAGUGCAACGGACCUCUCUUGUACCAGCUGCAGCAAGAGAUUGUGUCCUUGACGCAGGGAAACAAGUCAGUGGUGGAAUACUUCUCACGGCUACGUAUGAUAUGGGAUGAAUUGGACGUGUUGAUGUCGGUUCCUUAG